CUCCAUCAACACAUUCGACCACCCUGCAACGCCGCCGCAAAUACUCACCAGCGUCAUCAGGACUAUUCCUUCCAUGCGCCAAUAGUUCUAGCACCUGAGAGCCGCGGCAGAGUGCUCACGACCAUAGCCGGUGACAGCCUGGCUUUUUUCAAUGCCCGCCACAAAGGCUCUACAUCCUACGAUCCCAUCUCUAGACAAGGUCGAGAUGGAAGACCGUAAGCGGGCUCUCAUUGCCGAUGUCGACGAUCUUGCGCCGAGUCGCAAGCGUCUCAAGGACGAAAAUGGCUCCACGAUGCGCAUGGACGAGCAAAAAGAACGCGAUGUCGAGGACUACCAAAAGGACGCCAUUCUCCGACAGAUGAAAGAGUACAAGCGCCAGAAGAAGGAUGCCGAUGACCAGCUCAGCGAUCUUCAAAAGAAGGCAAGAUAUCACAAUGAUCACCUCCGAACCAUCGAUGCCUGGUGGGCACAACUUCUCGACGAGGUCCGCGUGCUUGCAUCAGAAAUGCUACCGACACCACCGCCGAGCGCGACCGCUACCGCCGAGAUGUACAAGUCGGCACUGCAAUUCGAGGACAGCGAGGCAUUUUCAGAACACCUCAAGGCUCGGUCGGGCAGUAUCAAAGACGCGAUCACCGACCUUUUCGGCCGCCUUCCCUCAGCCAGUUCGGAUGUGGAGGACUUGCGCAAGCAGUUGAAUGAACUUCUAGCCAAGGAAAAGGAACAUGCUGUGGAAUUACGGAGAACAAUCGACGAGAAGGAUUCCAUGUAUGACCGACUUGAACAAGCCAUGGGUCGCUACAUGAUCGCCGAGAGGAAGCUGGAUCGUGUCAAGAGCGCUCAAGUACAGAAGCUGGAAAAGCAGGCGAUCAUGGGCGGGAAUGCUGGGAAUGUGUCUCCGACCACCGCGAAGUCAUCCGCGACACCGAAGAGGGAACACAACGACACCAACGGAGACGUUGAGAACGGCGCGGCCAGUGCUGAAGUUGAGCUCGCUCGGAAGGAAGCCGUGGCGGCUGCUGAGAAGCAAAAGGCGCAGCUUGAGGAAAUCGAGGUUGAAAAUGAGCGCUUGACGAAUGAACUGAGUGCCGCUCGCACAAAGCUUGCCAGCCUUACGGAUGACAGCUACGCGGAGACUUCCUUGUUCAAGACAUUCAAGUCGCAGCAUGAGGACGUCAUCAAACGAGUCAAUGAUCUGGAGGCUACCAAUGUGCAACUUCGGGAGGAGGCAAAGAAAUUGCAAGCUGAACGCACUUCAUAUCGGGUACAACUGGAUGACGAGAGUCGCGACCAUUCCCUAGACAACGAAGCGACUGCCGCGCGCGCAGAGACGGAUCUUGCUCGCAUACGCCACGUGCGCGACCAGCUAGGUGCCGAGAUCAGCAUUCUCAAAGCUGGAGAGGACAACAGUCGAAAUGCGCACAAGCAAGCACUCGAGCUCGCCGAAGCACGGGAUCUGCGAAUCGGUGCACUGGAAUCUCACGUGCAGCGUUUGGAAUUGCAGCUGGGCGAGGCGGAGGCGAAAGAAGCAGAGGACAUUGACCACGCUGAUGUCGACUCAUUGAAGUCCAAACUUCGCACGCUCACCAGCCAGUACGCUCUGCUCAGCAACGAGCUGCCAUCGAUGGAAGCCGCGUGGAAAAAGACUCAAGUGCUCGCGACGAAGAAGCUUGAGGAGAUUGGUGUUUGGGAAGAAGAGAAAUCAAGAUUGCAGGCCGAGAAGGCAAAGGCCGAUCAAAAGUACUUCGCUGCGAUGAAAGCAAAGGACAUGAAGGAAGCCGAGCUUCGACAAUUGAAAUCUCAAAACGCGAGGUCCAGCGAAAUGGUCGCAACUCUCAAGGACACCGACUCGAAGACCAAGGAGCUGUGCACGAACUACGAGCGACAACUUGCCGAGGCGAAAGAUGGACUCACCAAGCUUGAAAGCCAACAUCGCAUCAGCGAGCAGAAGCUGAAGGAAGCCACGACGUCCGUCGAGGGGUUCAGAAAGAGCGUUGACGAGCUGAAGACAGCCGUGGGUGCAAAGGACAAGGAGAAUCUCGCGAAUGCCAAAGCCAAGCGCGAGGCCGAACUGGAGCUGGAGAAGACCAAAGUCCGACUCGACGAUGCGAAGAAGCAGUACGAGGCGUUGAAGAAGAGCAAAGCUGCGAUCAGCAAUACGAAUUCGGAUGAUUGGCGGAAAGUCGCUAUUUGCCCAAUUUGCACGUCUAACAUCCGCGAUACGGUCAUUAAGCUUUGCGGCCACGUCUUCUGCUCCUCCUGCGUCAACAAACUCAUUGCGGAUCGAAGGAGGAAAUGUCCGAGCUGCGGACGUGCGUUUGGAAAUGGCGAUCAUAUGCAUAUUGUCCUGGCCUGA